GACGUCGACCGACAAAUGCGGCGCAGCCUUCAGUCUGCACAGUCGUCCACAGACCACAACCCGCGGAUUUACAAUCAACUAUUGACACAUAUCUCUAUCCAGGGGUAACUUCCUCUCCUAUCGGUAUAUUUUCUAAACAUGAGGUGGUUUGUGUCUCCAAACAUGGUCUAGCUAAAGUCUCUGAUUUGUGAAGCCGCAGCAGCAGCAGCUCAGUCGCACUGAGCCAGGAUGUCGAGUAGCUCGGGCUACCCCCCCAGCCAGGGGAGCUUCAGCAGUGAGCAGAGCAGAUAUCCAUCGCAUUCUGUCCAGUACACUUUUUCUGGCACACGGCACCAACAGGAUUUCGCCAUGCCAGACUAUCGGACUCAUAUGCAGGAUCCACAGGGUCGGAGAAGACCCUCGUUAUUGUCUGAAUUCCACCCUGGAACUGAAAGGCCCCCAGAGAGACGCCAUGGUUACGAACAGCAGUAUCACUCCAUCUCAGCCCAGCCUGAGCAUGAGGCGCUGGAGGCCAAGCGACCUCGCAUGGAGACUAUAUCUGAGGGCCACAUCACCCGCACAUCUUCCUCUGCUGGGGGUAUUAUUUUGCCCAUGUCCCAUACAGUACAGGACGGCCUAAGGGCCACUGUGGAGGUAAAAAAGGAGUCUCAGUUUGGUGUCAAAGGGGAGUCACAGUCCUCAGGAGGACCCACACUCCACAUGGGGGAAGAUCAGGACGCGUCUCCUUCCAAACUUUCCAAAGAGGAGCUGAUCCAGAGUAUGGACCGUGUGGACAGAGAGAUUGCUAAAGUGGAGCAGCAGAUAUUCAAGCUGAAGAAAAAACAGCAACAACUGGAGGAGGAAGCAGCAAAGCCGAUGGAGCCAGAAAAGCCAGUGACCCCUCCGCCAGUGGAGCACAAGCACCGCAGCAUAGUCCAGAUCAUUUACGAUGAGAACAGGAAAAAAGCAGAAGAGGCCCAUAAAAUACUGGAAGGUCUUGGUCCCAAAGUUGAGCUGCCUCUGUACAAUCAGCCCUCAGACACAAAGGUGUACCAUGACAACAUCAAAACCAACCAAGUCAUGAGGAAGAAGCUGAUUUUGUUUUUUAAGAGGAGGAAUCAUGCUCGUAAACAAAGGGAACAAAAGAUCUGCCAGCGCUACGACCAGCUGAUGGAAGCUUGGGAGAAGAAGGUAGAACGAAUGGAGAACAAUCCUAGACGCAAAGCCAAGGAGAGCCGGACACGGGAGUACUAUGAAAGACAAUUCCCUGAGAUCCGCAAGCAGAGAGAGCAGCAGGAGCGCUUCCACAGGGUUGGACAGCGUGGAACAGGCCUUUCUGCAACAAUCGCAAGAAGCGAGCAUGAAAUUUCUGAAAUCAUUGAUGGCCUUUCUGAGCAGGAGAACAAUGAGAAACAAAUGAGACAGCUCUCAGUCAUCCCUCCUAUGAUGUAUGACACGGAGCAGAGGCGAGUCAAGUUUAUCAACAUGAACGGCCUGAUGGAAGACCCAAUGAAAGUGUACAAAUCCCGGCAGUUACUGAAUGUCUGGACCGAACAUGAAAAGGAAAUAUUCAAGGACAAGUAUUUCCAACACCCCAAGAAUUUUGGCCUGAUUGCCUCCUACCUAGAGAGAAAGUGUGUUGAGGACUGCGUCUUAUACUACUAUUUAACCAAGAAGAACCACAACUAUAAGACACUGGUGAGGCGGAAUUAUGGAAGACGGAGAGGAAGGAACCAGCACAUUACACGUCCCUCACAAGAAGAGAAGUCAGACGACAAAAACGAGGAGGACAAAUCUGAGAAGGCUGAGAAAAAAGAGGACGAGGAAAAGAAGGACGAGGAAGAGAAAGAUGAAAAGGAGGAUUCUAGGGAAAUUGGCAAGGACAAAGAAAAGUGUGACGGUGGGGAGGACGAGGACGGAAAGCAGCAAAACACACCACGCAGGAAAACUGCCAACAGCCAGGGCCGCCGCAAGGGAAGGAUCACCACACGCUCUAUGGCCAAUGAGGCUGCAACUGUGGCGGCUGAGGAAGCACCUCCCCCUGCCCCUGAGUCUACCUUGCCAGAUCCAACGCAUCUCCCUAAAGCUGAUCCAGCACAGAAGGCCAUGAAGGACCCUUCAAAAACCCCACUGUCUGCCAUGGAUGCCAACAAAGCUAGUGCUGGUGAAACCGGAGAAACUUCUCGCUGGACCGAGGAGGAGAUGGAGGUUGCCAAAAAAGGGCUUGUUGAGCACGGGCGAAACUGGACGGCCAUUGCCGAAAUGGUGGGCACAAAAAGUGAGGCACAGUGCAAGAACUUCUAUUUUAAUUACAAGAGACGUCACAACCUGGACAACCUGCUCCAGCAGCAUAAGCAGGAUUCAAGGCGAACCCGGGCUGAUAGGUCUCAAGGUGAAGGUCUAGCCACAGCAUCACCCGAUGAUGAUGAGGACAACGCAGAUGACAGUGAAGGUGGUGACAACAGCUCUGAUACGGAGAGCGCCCCGUCCCCCUCUCAGGCUGACUCCUCAAAGACUGCUGACGCCAAGAGGGCAGACAGUGCUGCAGGAGAAGCUCAUUGCUCUGACCAGGACAAAGGACAAGCCAGUAAUGGCAAGGCCCCGGAGCACUCAUUUGGCGAACUCUGUGUCAAGGAAGAGAAGAGCCCAGAGAGUGAGACUGGAUCACAUGAGGAAAAGGCCAAAAUGGCUCCCUAUGCAGCCUCGGUGCAUCCCAAAACUGAACCGCAGGAUGUUGACAUGAAGACUGGAGAAGUUCAGGUUAAGGUAGAGCCUGAGAUGAAGGAGAAAGGAGAAAAGGGAGAUCAUGGUGAGAUGCAGAGGGAUCUUCAUUCAGAUAAUGACUCCAGUGCCACCUGCAGUGCAGAUGAGGAUGUUGACGCAGAGCCUGAAAGACAAAGCAGAAUAUUCUCUAUGGAAAAGUCUUCAAUGAUUGGCCCUGCAGGCACAGUGCUGGUGUCCCCACCCAAACCAGCCCACCAGCUCACCAUCCAGCAGCUGCAGCAGAGGGCAGCUGCCAUCCCACCCAUGUUGCCCGGUCAUUUUAGUCCUGGUGGCAUACCUAUCAGUGGACUUGCAAUGUUUCAGCACCAGAUCAAAGCGGUGCAUGAGUCUGCUCACCAGGAAGAGAAGCAGAGGCAGGAUCAGGGAGAUCUGGAGCGUAGAUCUGCCUUCAACACCCGCAGCCCCACUGUUAUCGACAGAGAUGGUAAGCUCUUAUCCUACAUGCCUUAUGACAUGAAGCUGGCUCUGGACCAGGAGGCCCUCUCUGGUCGGCCAGGCUCUCCCUACAGACUCUCUCCCAGGGAGCUGAGCAAGGCCUCACUCCAGACAGACCCCAACGCCCCCAAUGUCUCCCGCUACAGUGUGCCACCAGUCCUCCACCCUUCCCCCAACCAGCUGGUCCAGACUUUGCCAGAUGGAGGCCGUGUGACAUUCAGUCGACCCAGCCGACCUCCCAACAUUCCCUCUCCUCCUCCACUCAUUCCAACCACCAAGCCCACGGACAAGCCCUCCUUCAUCCAUGGAGGCUCCAUCUUGCAGGGAACUCCUGGCACGUACCUCCCACCCCACACUGUCUAUGGGCCAGAGGGGACUAAGAGCACUGUGGGCUCCAUCUCUCUGGGUCUUCCUCGGCAGCAGGAUCCCAGCAAAUCUGGAGCUGCAAUUCCAUCUAUACACGAUGGUAGAGGCAACCCCACAAAAGCGAGCGAGGGUCUGGCUUUUAGAGGAUCAAAUACUCAUAGCACGCCAGCCCUGCCUCAGUCCAGCAUUGCUGCUGACCUUCUGAAGAGCACAAUCACAAAGCUGGCCACAGAGGACAUGAACAUACCAGACAAGGCAAGAGGUGAACAGCUGGCUAAAGGUCAUGUCAUCUAUGAAGGAAAGAGUGGUCACAUCCUCUCUUUUGACGCUAUCAAGAACCCCAGGGAAAACACCCGCAGCCCCAGAACAGGCCAUGAGAUGAAACGCACUUACGACAUGAUGGAAGGACCCAUGAGCAGGGCACACACUGGCAGGGAAGGUGCUGCAUUCGAAGGGUUAUUUAGCAGAGCUUUGCCCAGAGAUGGUAUCCAUGGAGAUCCUAAGGAAAGACCGCUGAUCACUGGAUCCAUCAUACACGGAACACCAAGAACUGCUGCUGAGACUUACGAAGAUGCCAUGAAAUAUGGGAAGCAGAUAAAGCAAGAGAGCCCACCCAUCCGGUCGUUUGAAGGUGGUAUUAGCAAAGGCAAGCCCUAUGAGGGAGUGAAUACUAUCAAAGAGAUGGGACGCUCGAUUCACGAAAUUCCCCGGCAAGACCAGUCUGGCCAAGACAUCUGCAAGACCCCAGACAUGUCAGACAGGAGAGUUUUGGAGGGCGCCAUGUCUCAGAUCCACCCUCUCAACCAGUCGACUAUCAAGCACAAUGUCAAGUCCCUCAUCACCAGCCCAUCCAAGCUUCCCCACAACAUGCCCCAGCUCGAGGCUAUGGAGCGGGCUAAGUACGAGGACAGCAAGCCAGUGCGCCACAGUGUGGUCAACUCUACCUCUGUCCUGCGCUCCACACACCAGGAGGCUAGCAAAUCCCAGCUUAGCCCGGGCAUGUACGAGGAUGCCAAUGCUCGCAGGACACCCGUCAACUACAGCACAAAUCCAGCAUCCAGAGGUUCACCUAUGCUGGGACGUGCUUCAGAGGGUGGCAUGAGCUCAGCGAAAUCUGCGGCACAUGAAAGAAAGACUAACAUGACCCCAACGCAGAGGGAAAGUGUUCCUGCAAAGUCCCCAGUGUCAAGUGGUGACCCUGUCCCCUCUCACAGUCCCUUCGACCCCCACCACAGGCCUGUUGUUCCAGGGGAAGUAUACCGAGCCCACCUGCCUCCACAUCUUGACCCCACCCUGGCCUUCCACAGAGUGCUGGACCCAGCAUUUAUGUUCUCCAGGCAGCCGUCCCCAUCAAACUACCACAACACCUACCAGCUGUACACCAUGGAGAACACACGGCAGACCAUCCUCAACGAUUAUAUCACUUCCCAGCAGAUGCAAGUCAUUCCCCGGCCCGACAUGACCCGGGGAUUAUCACCACGGGAACAAACCGUCACUAUGCCUUACGCUGCUGGAGGACGAGGGAUUAUUGAUCUAGCCCAGAUGCCUCCAACUAUCCUGUUGCCUCACCCUGGGGGAACAGGUACUCCCACUUUGGAACACAUCGCCUACCUCCCUGGAGCUCAGUCCCCUUUCCCUCCUAGGGCUUUCAACCCAACCUCCAUAUCGCCAGGCCAUCCAGUCCACAUUGCAGCUGCUGCCAAUGCAGAGAGGGAGCGUGACCGGGAGCGUGACCGAGAGCGUGACCGAGAGCGUGACCGAGAGCGUGACCGGGAGCAACAAGAAAAAGAGAGGGAAAGGGAAGCGCGGGAAAGGGAACGGGAAAUGCGAGAGCGAGAACGGGAGCGGGACCGAGAGCGAAGCAAUGAAUAUAUACGUGCAGGUGUAGUAGAGCAGCCAGGGCGACCAGGGAGUCGAGGUUAUCUGCACUCUACUUCUCCCUCGCUCAGGACACAGGACGUGGUGGUUCAACAGCGACCGAGUAUUUUCCAGGGCAAGAGUGUCAUCACUUCCCUAAUGCCCCAUUCUGCAGCAGCAACAUCAACAGCACAGAGUAGCUCUCGCUACAGCACUGCUGCGGAUGCUCUGGCUGCGCUGGUGGAUGCUGCAGCCUCUGCCCCACAGAUGGAUGUGUCCAAGGUGAAGGAGAACAAACAUGAACGGGAUGACGACAUGCAUUCAGCGGCUGCAAUGCGGCGAGGUUCCAGCAUCCCCGAACAGCAACAACAGGAGGCAGAAAGGCGAUCUGUGCAGUCACCAUAUGGUGCCAUGUCUCUGCCAGGAGGUAAGCCCCAUUCAGCUUACUCCGAAGGCCCUGGCGCUGGGACUAAAGAUAAGGGACCUCAAACUUCAAAGUCCCGCAUUGAAGAGGAGCUUCGAACCCGUGGAAAGACAACGAUCACAGCUGCCAGCUUCAUCGACGUCAUUAUCACACGGCAGAUAGCCUCUGACAAAGACUCACGAGAGCGAGGCUCUCAGAGCUCUGACUCCUCUAGCAGCUUGUCAUCUAGUCGAUAUGACAAUACAGCUGGAGGAGCCAUUGAGGUGAUCAGUCCGGCUACUUCCCCAGUCCAACUCCAGCAGGACAAACCAGAAGAUGUGCAACAACAGGCAGCAGCAGCUGGCAUGCGGGCCUACGAUAUGAGUCGUUAUCGGCCAUCAGCAGAGCCACAGACCAGUUCCCAACAGCCUCCUCCCUCCCAGGCAGAAAGCUACUCUCAGAUGUCCAAGACUCAUCACAAAACCAUGACCUUAGCAGACCACAUUUCGCAUAUCAUAACACAAGACUUUGCCCGGAAUCAGGACCCUGUCCCAGUCUCUUCCUCAUCUGCAACAUUCCAGAGCAUUGUGCCACCUGUGUCUUCUUCAGGUCGGGCCAAGGUGCCCAGCCGCUACAGUCCUGAGAACCAGCUCCAAGCCCUGCACCACCAGAGACCCUCCAGUAGAGUUUCACCAGAAAAUGCUUCUGACAAACCCAGAGCAAGGCCUGGUAAGUCUCCAGAGCGAGGAGGCAGGCCGAUGGAGAACUAUGAACCCAUUUCUCCUCCACAAAGCUACCAGGGCAUGGACAAACCGGAACCUGUUGGGCCUCCUCCUCAGAGGCGAGAGGCUGAAUCUGAAAUCAGGAAUGACUCAAGAUCCCCAGGGAGUGUCGGGUAUUUGCCAUCCUUCUUCACGAAGCUGGAGAACACCUCACCAAUGGUGAAAUCUAAGAAGCAGGAGAUCUUUCGUAAGUUGAACUCCACCUCUGGUGUUGGUGAUUCUGAUGUUGGGAAUGCCCAACCAGGCACAGAGAUAUUUAACUUGCCCGCUGUGACCAGCUCCAGCAGCAUCAACCACAGGAAUCCUUCCUUUAGUGAUCCAGCCAGUAACCUGGGACUGGAGGACAUCAUCCGCAAGGCUUUGAUGGGAAACUUAGAGGAGAGACCAGAGGAACACCAGGGAGGUGUUGGGGAUGGCCGCCAGGAGGCAAAUCCAUCACCUAGUAUGGGGAAGCAAAAGCAGGGCAAGGCCAACAGCCGUAAAGCCAAAUCUCCUAACCCGGGUCAGGCCUACGCUGGAGGGGAACGUCCCUCUUCAGUGUCCUCCGUCCACUCUGAGGGAGAUUAUCACAGACAAGCCCAGGCCCAACCCCAGUGGAGUUGGGAUGACCGACCCUCAUCUACAGGAUCCAUGCAGUUCCCUUACAACCCACUGACCAUGCGCAUUCUAAGCAGCACGCCACCAACCUCCAUAGCCUCACCCUCCAUUCAGAGCCAGCAGCAGCAGCAGCAGCAGCAGCAGCAGCAGCAGCAGCAGCAGCAGCAGCAGCAGCAACAGCCUCCAGGUGGAGCGCCGAUGGCACAGCAGCGUGUGUGGCAGUCUCUGCUGUCAGAGCAAUAUGAGACCUUGUCUGACAGUGAUGACUGAGUCCUGCUGGCUACAGCUCCAUUAACCACAAUAGACACCUGCACUGAGGCUUGUCUGUUCACCUCCCCUCUCCCAGAACUAACCUUGCUGAUUGGCAAGGGUGACAUGUUGAUGGAGUGGUGUCUUUUUAUUUUUAUUUUGGUGCUAUGGCGCCCCCUGGCUGUUAGCUAAGGGUACAAGCAGCAGCCUGUGACAGGCGGGGCUCUCCAGAACUAGACUUGCUUUGGUCCGGAUGCACUCACCCAGCGUGUUGGAAAAAUCCAACAGAAGUCGACUGAGGGGUUGACAUGAGCUACAGUAAAGAUGAAGAACUUAAUAUGUAAAAAGAAACAACAUAAGAGAUUAUUUCUGAAUUUUGUUUGAUUUCUGUAAAGAUAUACUUUGUCUUUAAGAAAAUCAUUGUAUGUAAAUAGAGUAACCUUUUGCAGUGUUUUUCUUACCUUGAUUAUUUCCUAUUUUAAUGUCGCUUUUAAAUUGAUCCACUUUAAAUGGGAAGAGUUGGGGUAUACACUUUGUUAUCACAGUUGGUCUCUCCCAGUUCAUCUCCACCCCAUGUCACCCAAGCCCUGUUUUAAUAUUCUUACAAUAGCGACAGUAAGAGAGACCAGACUGUGCACCCCUGUGCACCACCUAUCAAGCACCACCAGAGCCUGAAAAUCAUGGGACAUUCGUGGACAAAUGCAAAACACAGACUAACGUUUCAAAUAGCUUUGGUAUCUGAUGUCUGUCUUCACCACACAGUGAAGAUGGUGUAAGGAUUGGUAGGUGUAACGUCUCACCCAGUUCUAGACAGUGAAAUGUCUUCAAAAGUUGAGAACACUGGUGUCAUAGUGGGAAGGUGAAAUGUCUGAUAUAAGCUUAAUUUUACCUGAAAAGAUAUCCUGAUGACUACUCCUGGACCCAGUCUGAAUAACAAAAGUGAGCCAAUGAGUUUUUUUUUUGUUUUUUUUUUCCCACUAGAGCUGACCAUAGUGUGACACAUGUUGCUGUUUCUCUCUGCAGCUUCCAGCUUGUCCAGAACAAUCUGCAAUAUUGUCCUGGUUAAAAAACAAAACAAACAAAAAAAAACAACUGUCACAGACUCUUCUUUAUUUCUUUUCUUUUUGUGACAGUUUUGCCAUGCCAUGUGACUUGAGAAAGAAGGCAGCUUUAAGUAAUUUUCUCAGAGAUAUAUGUUGUUUGAUGUUUGUAUUUCUUUAGUCCCCUUUUUUUUUGAUACUAUCCUGAAAAUCUGAACUCUGUAAAUUGUCUUUCCAUUACACAAAAAGACAAAACUAACCAAACAUAAAGAAUGGUCUGCACCAUUGUUGCACUUUUUUGCUUUGUAGCUUUUGACAACAAAAAGCAUACUACCUGCUGUGUAACUUAUUCAUCCCCUAGCACAGGAGUACCCGGUAUACUCCGUAUACUCAGAUGUGCUUUAAGUUUCUCCCACUACUCACAAAAACCUGUAUGUUUUGAUUUCCUGUCUUUUCUUAUAGCUGGUACAUGAGUUUGUAGUGUGACACUUGCAUCGCAGUUACAGUUUUAAGUGUAUGGUACAGUUAACUAUUUGCUUAAUCUCACUUAAUCUCUGCUUUCAGUGUGUCAUUCAACAGGCAUAGAUCUUAAAUAUGAAUUAUACUUGGUCAACAUCAUAAAUGGCAGUAAUGUUCCUUUGCAAGUCAUAUUUUUUUAAUAUGUUAAAUACCAUAUUUUGACUUUGCUUAACUUUGCUAAGUAAACUAAUCAGUUCUGCUCUAAACUUGACAUUUUGUUUGAAUCAUUGUCAUAGCACAUGUUAUAAUUUUUAUUUUCCUGUAAUUUUCAACAUCUUUGUUACUCGUCCCGCUUGGGUGGGAUGUUAUGUGUUUACAAAGGAAAUGACAAAAACGUUUACAAACUUGAAUCUUAAAGAAAUCCGACAUGAAGCCGAAAAAGAAUUAGAGCAUCUUUUCAGCUCUCUAUCAAACACACAGUGGUGACUUUUUGUCUUUUUUUGAAAUUGAGACUUGAAAACCCGUGUAUCCUAUGAUGUUGAAAUGCAAUGUUUGUAUCGCACAAUGUCUCUUAGUAGGCUAUUACAAGAGUUCAGACCAAUCAAAUAAAGUGGAUCAGUUCUCCACCACUGAAAA